UACACAUUACAGGUGUUCAAUACACAAAUUUGGAUACUGCAUGUUUUAUCUUGAAGUAAAACAUUGAAAUGAUAAAAAAAAUGAUGUUUCCUGCCUUUUAUAACCAGAUUUUAUUUAUACUAUGAAAAAAAGAUUUGUUUGAAAACUUGUAUGAUUUUUUUCUUGCAAAUUUUGAGUUUGAAAUGAUUUAUAAUGGUUUAUGCAAUAGUCAGCUGAUUACAUUGACAGGUACUUGACAACAUUUAUUGAAAUACAGUAAGAGGUUAUACCUAUUGGAUUUCAUUUUUGGUAUUAGUUUUAUCUCAUAACAAUGGAAAAAAGUUCUCAAAGCCACACUGGUAGUGAACAUAAUAUUGUUAAAACUGGAACAAAUAGUAUAAAAAUGGAGGGAGACGGUGCUUUAGGAGAAAGAAUUAGACCAACGUCUGUGCAUAGGUCAUCUUCGUUGAAAUCAACUCAUUUGACGAAAACAACAACUCUUGAUGAUUUUGAAGUGCUGUCAACUAUCGGAACUGGUUCAUAUGGGACGUGUAAGAAAAUUGAAAGAAAAAAAGAUAGUAAGAUACUUGUGUGGAAGGAACUGGAUUAUGGAUCAAUGACAGAAACUGAGAAACAGAUGUUGGUAUCCGAGGUGAAUCUUCUCCGUGAGCUGAAGAGCCCAUACAUUGUGCGAUACUAUGACAGAAUUAUAGACAGGGCUCGCACUACAAUAUAUAUUGUGAUGGAAUAUUGCAAGGGUGGUGACCUAUCAACUAUAAUUGCCAAGAAUAAAAGAGAAGGAACAUACCUUGAUGAAGAGUUCAUUUGGAAGAUUUUAGUACAGCUAACUCAGGCACUACAGGAAUGCCACCAGAGGAAAAAUGGACGGGCUGUUCUUCACCGGGAUAUGAAACCUGCAAACGUAUUCCUUGACACGGACAAGAACGUAAAACUGGGAGACUUUGGCUUAGCUAGGGUUCUUCAUCAUGAAACAAGUUUCGCAAAUACUUAUGUUGGCACCCCAUAUUACAUGAGUCCAGAACUUGUGAACAACAUGUCAUAUAAUGAGAAAAGUGAUAUAUGGUCAAUGGGUUGUGUGUUGUAUGAGUUAUGUGCCCUUCAUCCGCCAUUUACUGCCUCAAACCAGACAGAAUUAAAUCGUAAGAUUAGGAUUGGAGAGUUUUGUCGUAUACCAAUCAGGUACUCUGAUGAUCUGAACACAGUGAUCAGGAAGAUGUUACAUGUUGAGGUUUCUAAAAGACCAAGCAUUGAAGAGCUUCUUGAGGAUCCUCUUGUCUCAAGCAGAAGAACAAAAUUAGAUCGUAAAAUGUCUGGACAGCAACGUAGUUCUACAGACCUCAAAGCUUGGGAAAUGGAGCUAAGAAAUUUGGAGAGAGAAUUAGAUGAAAAGAAAAGAGAUCUCGAAAGAAAAGAGAGAGAAUUGAAUGUCCGUGAAAAGAUGAUAGAUGACAAAGACAAGUGUGCUUCUGUCAGGGAGAAGUUAGCUGAAGAAAAGUAUACAAGGGCAGAGACAUUACUUAUAGAUUAUGAACGUAAAAUGAGGUUAGAUACAGACAAACUGUUGCGGAGAGAUCGGGAUUAUGUACCUUCUACUUCAGAAGCUACUAGUGAUAGUCUAGCAUCCUGUAUACCAAAGAAGAAAGACAGCGACACUCCAAAGAAAAAAGUCUCAUUUGACAUGUACGGUAAAGAGAAUCAGCGAUUUAAAGACCGAUAUCGUGAUCCGCUUGCCAAAUAUUCUGACUAUGACAGUACAUAUAUUCAGGAUUUAUUGAAAAAACAAGAACUGAAGGAGCGAUUAUAUCAGGUUAAACAUAGAGCGAUAGAACUACGAGGAACUGAAGAUCGUACAAGUGCAAGAUCCCGGAAUCUGUUAUUAUUCAGAUAGCUUUUAUAGGAGUCUAAUUUCCAUCUGUUUUGUUGUGCCCCCCCAUGAGUGGUGGGGGCAUAUAGAUUUGCUCUUGUCCGUCCGUCCGAGGUUCAUGACGUGCCUAGCUCAAAAAGUAUUUGAUAUAAAUUGAUGAAACCUUGCAUUAGUCUUUAUCAUGAUAAGAACUUGCGCACCUUCUAUUUUUUAUCUGGCUCCGCUCCCUAAUUUUAGAGUUAUGGACGCUGAAAUAGUCAAAAAUGCACAUUUUCACCUUGUGACACGCCUAGCUCAAAAAGUAUUUGAUAUAAAUUGGUGAAACCUUGCAUGAGUCUUUAUCAUGAUAUGAAUUUGCGCACCUUCUAUUUUUCAUCUGGCUCCGCCCUCUAUUUUUAGAGUUAUGGCCCCUGAAAUAGUAAAAAAUGCACAUUUUCACCUUGUGACACGCCUAGCUCAUAAAAUAUUUGAUAUAGAUUCAUGAAACCUUGCACGAGUCUUUAUCAUGAUAUGAACUUACGCACCUCCUAUUUGAUUUUAACUAACUUGCAUACAACUUGUAUCACCAUAAGAUCUCAUUUCCUUUCUUGAACUGGCCAGAUCCCGUCAUGGGUUCCAGAGUUAUGGCCCCUGAAAGGGCCAAAAUUAGCUAUUUUGAGCUUGUCUGCACAAUAGCAGCUUUAUUUAUGAUUUGAUUUUUACCAAACUUGCAUACAACUUGUAUCGCUAUAAGAUCUUGGUUCCUUUCUAGAACUGGCCAGAUUUCUUUAUGGGUUCAAGAGUUAUGGCCCCUGAAAGGCCCAAAAUUAGCUAUUUUGACCUUGUCUCCACAAUAGCAGCUUUAUUUAUGAUUUGAUUUUUACCAAACUUGCACACAACUUUUAUCACCAUAAGAUCUUGGUUCUUUUCUGGAACUGGCAAGAUUCCAUUAUGGGUUCCAGAGUUAUGGCCCCUGAAGGGGUCAAAAUUAGCUAUUUUGACCUUAUCUGCACAAUAGCAGCUUCAUUUAUGAUUUAAUUUUAACCAAACUUGCACAAAACUUGUGUCACCAUAAGAUAUUGGUUCCUUUCUUCAACCGGCCAGAUCCCAUAAUGGGUUCCAGAGUUAUGGCCCCUGAUGGGGCUGGAAUUAGCUAUUUUGACCUUGUCUGCACAAUAGCAGCUUCAUCUAUGAUUUGAAUUUAAUCAAACUUGCACAAACUUGUGUCACCAAAAGAUCUUGGUUCCAUUCUUGAACCGGCCAGUUCCCAUAAUGGGUUCCAGAGUUAUGGCUCCUGAAAGGGCCAAAAUUGGCUAUUUUGACCUUGUCUGCACAAUAGCAGCUUCAUUUAUGAUUUGAUUUUAACCAGACUUGCACACAACUUGUAUCACCAUAAGAUCUUGAUUCUUUUUUAUACGCCCGUAGGGACAUAUUAUGUUAUCGCCUCGGUGUCCGUCUGUCUGUGUGUUGGUUAGCAAUUUCCCUUCAGCUGUGUAACUCUUGAACCCCCUGAUGAUUUCAGAGAAACCUGACACAAAUGUUCACUCAUUGAAAGGAUGUGCAGAACGCAUGUUUCGGAUGGCUAAAUUCAAUGUCAAGGUCACACUUAGGGGUUAAAGGUCAUAUGACUUUGUUUUAUGUGAAUAUUGCUCUGCAUUUGCGUUGCAUUGCAGUGCUCUUGUUUUUAUUUGGCAGAUCCUUCUUUUGUUUGCUUACAAUAUUUUUUUUAUUACUUCCCUUUUAUGUUACUAUAAAUAGCUUAUUUAGUAACUUUUUUAUUAUUGGCCGUAGGGAAAAACUGAGACCACUUUUCUGUGGUACAACAUGGAUGGUACCUCCAAUUUUUAGGUGUAUUUUGACAUAACUGUUACUACCUUGUAAGAAUUUUUUCUUUUUGUUUUUGGUUAAAGCAAUGGUACUCAGGUGAGCAAUAUAGGGCCAUCAUGGCACUCUUAGAGUUAUGGCCCCAGAAAUAGUAAAAAAUGCACAUUUUCACCUUGUGACACGCCUAGCUCAAAAAGUAUUUGAUAUAGAUUCAUGAAACCUUGCAUAGGUCUUAAUCAUGAUAUGAACUUGCACAUCUCCUAUUUUUAAUAUGGGUCCGCUCCCUAUUUCUAGAGUUAUGGCCCCUGAAAUAGUCAAAAAUGCACAUUUUCACCUUGUGACACCCUUAGCUAAGAAAGUAUUUGAUAUAAAUUGAUGAAACCUUGCAUGAGUCUUUAUCAUCAUAUGAACUUGUGCACCUAUUAUUUUUCAUCUAAGUCCGCCCCCUAUUUUUAGAGUUACGGCCCCUGAUAUAGUAAAAAAAAUGCACAUUUUCACCUAAUUAUGUGCCUCACUCAGAAAAUAUUUAAUGUAAAUUCAUGAAACCUUGCUUGAGUCUUUAUCAUAAUGUGACCUUGCACACUUGGCAUUCUUCUUCAGAAUUUUAGCAUUUAUUACAGAGUUAUGGCCCAUGAAAUAGCCAAAAUAGUGGAUUUUUUGUUUCUAAUGCUCAUAGCUAAAAAAGUAUAUGGUUAGGAAUAAUAAAUGCCUUUCAUAUUUUUUUUGAGGCUAUACCCCAUUAAGACUGCAGACAUUUGAAUUGUUCCACCUUAUUUGUGACAUAUAUACCAGUGGGGGCACACCCUGUGUCCUACAGACACAUUCUAGUUAUUUAUUUAUUAUAUAGGAGUCUAAUUUCCAUUUUUUUGGUUAUUUAUUUAUUUAUUUAUUACAUAGCCUUCAUUAUAACAUCUGUUAUCAUUGCAUCUUUUCAAAUGAAAUGUCACCUAGAUACUGUGAAAUCUUAAUUUGUCAUAAAGGAAGUAUAUUUGUAGAUUAAAUGGUUGGGUCACUUCUCUGAUUCCAAAUGAAUUUCUUUGUCUACAAAAAAAAAAAAAAACUUCACGAAAUUUAAUAAUUUCACAGUAUAGUAAGGGCUGGUAAUAAAGGUUUGAUUGAUGGAACUGUCAGCUUAGUUUUUUAACAACCUUUAAUAUGUACAGCAUUCACAAGGUGUAAUUAAAUCAUGUGUAUAUGACUACAGGAUGCAAAGAUGGCAGGUGUUGUAGGGAAAAUUGUUAUUUGAAUGUGUUACUGUGAAGUUGCCUUACUAUGUUACUGCUGUGACAGAAUAAUAAUUGCUUAUAUAUAUUCCAACAAGCAUUACAAAUAUUUUUUUUGUAAUUUUACAUUGUACAUUCCACCAUUCCGUCCUACGUUACAUUCUUGUAUCAAACAAAUGGUAAAGAUUAGUGGUGUUGAAUUAAAGUAAUUUUCCUAAUGGAAGUUUUUCCAGGGUUGCUUAUAGAGUUUUACACCUUGAAUUGGAUAGAUUUACAUAUUCUUAAAGGUGUACGCUAGAGUUCCCUGUAUAGGGGAUGGGCGAAAUUUUUCCCUAUAAGAGAAUUUCU